AUGUUGGAGGUUACUGAAACACUGUUUGAGGGUAAACAAAAUGAUGACAUUAAAGAUAAAAUUAAGCAAAUCCCACUGUCAGAUUCCACAGCAAUGAGAAGGACUGCAAUACUAGCUGAAGAUUUGACGUCACAACUUGAUAAUGCAAUGCAAAAUGCAUCAUGCAUUUCUCUGGCUGUAGAUGAGUCAACAGAUGCAACUGACAGUGCCCAGCUUCUUGUCUUUGUCAGAUUUUAUGAUAUUGCACAGAAGGGAUUCCGUGAGGAUCUGCUUGGUGUGACAAGCCUGGAAGCCCGAACACGUGGAGAAGAUAUCUAUGAGGCUAUGAAAAUGAUGCUAACAGAACGGGGGCUUGAUCUGAAGUCCGUAGUUUCAAUCACUACAGAUGGCGCUCCAUCAAUGAUUGGAAGAGAAAGGGGACUAGUUGGACGGCUAAAAGAGGAUCAUCCUGACUUAAUAUCAUACCACUGCAUAAUUCACCAGUCCAUCCUCUGUGCUAGUUUUGGAGGGGACUAUGCUGUGAUCAUGGAAAAGAUUAUGAAGUUAGCCAACUUCUUGAGAGCAUCAUCAUCACUACAGCAUCGGCUACUGCGUAACUUUUUAAGUGAGGUUAGUGCCAGCUAUGAUGAUCUACUCCUGCACAACAAUGUACGGUGGCUUAGCAAGGGCAAGGUUUUGGAAAGAUUUUGGAGUAUCAGAAAAGAAGUACAAGAAUUCCUUAGAAGCCAACGAAGUGCCGCCAAAGCAAAUAAGUUUUUAGACUUUUUGGAAAACGAAAAAGAGAUGGAAGAGACAGCAUUCUUAACAGACAUCACUUUUCAUCUCAAUGCUCUCAAUGUCAAACUACAAGGAAAAAACAACACAGUGUGUGAUCUUAUUUCAUCUGUUCAAGCUUUCCAGAAGAACCUGGAACUUUUCAAAAAUGACUUGCAGGGAGAACUUCAUCACUUUCCCAGACUUUUGGAGCAUACCAAGGGAAAGAAAGGUCAUAAUUAUACUGAAUUUAUUGAUAAACUGAUUGGCAACUUCAAAGAUCGUUUUGCAAAACAGACAUUCAAAUGGGUAAAUGCUGCAUCAGUUCAAAUGGAACUAAUUGAUCUGCAUGAAAAUAUGAUCCUAAAAGAGGAGAGUGCUCAGUAUGAUCCUGUCAGAUUCUGGACACAGAAGAAAACUGUGUUCUUGGACCUUCACUAA